AUGUUACAUGCGAUGACCCUGGAAAAUGUUGAAUCGAAUCCCCGUGACGCUAAUGGGCUGUGUCUUUUGUCACUUGAUGGGGGUGGUGUUCGAGGAUUCUCUACUCUAUUAAUUUUGAGGGAUAUUUUUAUGCAAUUGAAUCGUGAACGAGGAGUUGGUCAACAUCUUAAGCCAUGCGAUGUUUUUGACUUGAUUGGGGGAACCAGCACGGGCGGGCUCAUUGCCAUUAUGCUCGGUCGUUUGGAGCUCGAUGUGGAUGAGUGUAUCGAGGCCUAUAGUGAAUUGAUGGAAUCGGUCUUCGGCGAGAGGAUCAGCCACAUUCCCGUUGAUUGGUCAUUGAAUAUUAGAGCGAAAUUUGACAGCAAGCGACUCAAGGCAGCCAUCGAGCAUGUCAUUACUCAAGCUGGUGCAUCGCCAACAGAUCUGAUGGAUGAUGGGGCUUCUCGCCGCACUAGAGCUUUUGUUUGUACUACCGCGAGAGACACCCUUCAGGUCACAAGACUCCGAAGCUACAGCAUACCUAAUGAAGAUACUCUUCCUGCCACAAUCCUCGAGGCAGCUCUAGCGACUUCUGCAGCAACCCGAUUCUUUGAGCCGGUGAUUAUUGGGAAUCGUGACUUUGUGGAUGGUGCAUUCGGUGCAAAUAAUCCCGUUGAGGAGGUUGAAGAGGAGGCUGCUGAUAUAUGGUGCACCACGAGUCGAGAAAUAAAGCCUUUGGUCAAAUGCUUUCUGACAGUUGGUACGGGCUGUCCAGCAGUGCUGCCCAUGACUGAUAACAUUUUGAAAUUUCUCAGCAAGACAUUGGUCAACUUGGCCACCAAACCGGAAAGUACAGAGCGACGUUUCAUGGCUCGAUGGAGCAAUGAGGUCAAAGAGAAUCGUAUAUUUCGCUUUAAUGUUCAGCAAGGGCUACAGACUGUCAGGAUGGAUGACUGUUCGCAGCGGAGUCUGAUUGAAAACGCCACCCAAGACUAUCUGCAUCAUUCUUCCCAGAAAACUCGCAUCCGUGACUGCAUCUUGAAUUUGGCAACAAAGAAAGAAAAAACUGUACUGGAAUUUGAUUUGACAAUGAGGGAAUACGAAGCUCGAAUAUAUAAGAAUAAAGUCCUUGGAGUCCUUGAAUUGUCUGGAGAGGCAUCUCACCAGCCUGCCUCACCUUGUUGGGUUGUUCCAAUACAGCGGAAUUCGAGAUUUGUUGAUCGAGAACAUGUCAGCCAAAUCAAACGAAAAUUGUUUUUAAAAAUGGAAUCACAGCGUAUCGCUGUUGUUGGGCUUGGUGGCGUGGGUAAAACACAAAUUGCCCUGGAGGUUGCCUACCAGACCAAAACCUUAUACCCAGACUGCGCGGUAUUCUGGAUUCCCGCCGUUGACCUGGAAAGUCUACACCAGGCCUAUCAAGAUAUUGCAUAUAGAUUGGGUCUUGAAUUCGAUCCGAAAAAAGAAGACGUCAAAGUUGUUGUUCAAAGCUAUCUUACCCAGAGUCACAGUGGUCGUUGGCUUUUCAUAAUUGAUAAUGCUGACGACCUUACCAUGUGGACAGAGAACGAUCCAGACGGUCAAGGCGCUGGUCUCAGGGGGUUUCUUCCCGCAAGCGAUCGCGGCGUUAUUCUUUUCACCACAAGAAGCAACAAAGUGGCGCGACAUCUCGGUGCAACAGAUCUUCUCCAAAUUGCCGAAUUAGAUGAACAAAGGGCAACGACUGUGUUGAGAAAUUCUCUUCUUAGGAAGGACCUCCUUGAUGACACAGAAAGUACCCGACAGCUCCUGGAGCGCCUCACAUAUCUUCCAUUGGCAAUUGUCCAAGCCGCUUCAUUCAUAAAUGAAAAUGAAACCGACAUGGCAAACUAUGUGAAGCUUUUGGAUGGGCAGGAUCAGGAUGUCCUUGAUCUUCUUAGUGAAGAUUUUGAAGACGAGGGGAGAUACAAGAGUAUACGAAACCCAGUCGCAACAACAUGGCUCACGUCCUUUACUCAAAUUGGUCGAGACCACCCCCUAGCAGCCAGUUAUCUCUCGCAUAUGUCAUGCUUGAACGCAAAGGAUAUACCCGCCUCGAUGGUCUUUCGGUCAACCCAGUUGGAAAGCCAAAAGGCGAUCGGGGUACUUGUUUCUUAUUCAUUUGUCCGGACCCGGAAUAAUGGUACUCAGCUUGACAUGCAUCGGCUGGUGCAUCUUGCCACAAGGAACUGGCUUCGAUCGCUCAAUUCCCUUCAUGACUGGAUGGUUCACACGUUGUGUCAAAUGAGCACGUACUGUCCAUCGGAGCUAAGUGAACGCCGAAUAGCCUUGCCACACGCUCUCCAAGUUCUGAAUUCAACAAAAGACGAGCCCAUUACCGAGCAAAGAACACGAUUGCUUGGCUUUGCCGCCGUUGUGAAAUCUCAAGAGUCGAGAUUUAAAGAUUCGACCGUGCUUUAUCGCCAAGCAAUUGAUUCUUCUAAUGUUGCAUAUGGUCAUGAUCACUCCUAUACUAUAUGGCUUCUUGAAAAUCUGGCCAUCAAUUACCACAGCCAGGGCGAAUACCAACAGAGCAUAAAAACUUUUGAGGGGGCAAUACACUUCGAGGAAAAGGCCCGUGGUUCUGAUAGUAGGCAGGCGAUAGAUCUCCGGUUCGCACUAUCGCAUAGCUAUCGAUUCAUUGGUGACGUCGAGGAGGCCGAAAGACUAAACGAAACUGUUCUCCGAUAUAUGCUGGACCACUGUUCGCUGGAUGAUCCUGGUCUCUGCCACGCUAUUUCUGGGAUGUCUUUAACAUAUCACGCACAGGGCCGACUUCAUGAAGCACAAGAGUUAGCUCACCACAUCAUAGCUAUCACAAAAAUCUCUGACACAAUUGACACCGAUGGCGGGUGGGAGAUGUUUGCCAAUGCGAUUCUCGCAGAUUGCUACCUUGAUCAAUGGAAAUUGAAAGACGCGGAGAAGUUGUACAUUGAUAGGCUGGAAACAGACCGGAAAAUCUAUGGAGCAGAGCAUCGGGUAUUCAUACGCGAUAUGUACAAACUCGCCAAAAUUUUGAAGGCUCAAAUGCGGCAUCAGGAAUCUCUUGCGAUGAUGACGGAAUGCGCACGUCUCAAUGCUCAAAUUUGUGGUCCUAACCAUCCUGCCACUCUCGAGUGCGAUCGUGUGUUCUUACGCUUACGGCAGCAUAUUCCCUCGAUGGAACGUUCUGCACAGAUAAUGGAUCUAAGGCGAAGGUAUCCCAAAGCGAAAGCCUACGGUGGGCUAUUGACUGUGCGAAAACGCAAGAUCGAUUAUACUAUGCUCAACGAGAUGAAACUGAAGUUGGAUGCGAAAUUUGCGCUGAGUCGUGCGUCUACGGACGGAACUCCUUUAAUUUAA